ACUCGGAAGAGGCAGAAGCCUGUCAGUGAGACAGAGAGUGGAGAAUGUUACAGGUCACCUUUCCGGAAACCGUUGGCUCAACUGACCAACAGACCUCACUGCCUGGACAGCAGUCAGCAUGAGGCUUUCAUCCGCAGCAUUUUGUCCAAGCCCUUCAAAGUCCCCAUUCCAAAUUACAAAGGGCCCCUGGGCUUGCGUUCGCUAGGAAUCAAGCGGGCAGGAGUGAGGAGUCCUCUCCAUGACCCGUUUGAGGAAGGAGCUCUGGUUCUGUAUGAGCCCCCGGUGCUGAGUGCCCAUGACCAGCUGAAAAUAGACAAAGACAAAGCACCUGUCCAUGUUGUAGUGGAUCCUGUCCUCAGCCGUGUGUUACGGCCCCAUCAGAGAGAAGGAGUGAAAUUCCUCUGGGACUGUGUGAUGAGCCGACGGAUCCCUGGGAGUCAUGGCUGCAUCAUGGCAGAUGAAAUGGGGCUGGGCAAAACUCUGCAGUGCAUCACACUCAUGUGGACACUUCUCCGGCAAAGUCCGGACUGCAAACCUGAAAUCGAGAAAGCCAUGGUGGUGUCUCCCUCCAGCCUGGUGAGAAACUGGUACAAUGAAGUAGAGAAAUGGCUGGGGGGCAGGAUCCAGCCAUUGGCCAUUGAUGGAGGCUCCAAAGAAGAGAUUGACCGUAAACUAGUUGGCUUUAUGAACCAGCGUGGCCUGCGAGUGCCUUCACCCAUCCUGAUCAUCUCCUAUGAGACCUUCCGACUCCACGCUGAGGUGUUACAGAAGGGCAGUGUUGGGCUGGUCAUAUGUGACGAGGGCCAUAGGUUGAAGAACUCUGAAAACCAAACAUACCAGGCUCUCAACAGCUUAAACACACCUCGACGAGUCCUGAUCUCAGGCACCCCCAUUCAGAACGACCUGCUUGAGUAUUUCAGCCUGGUGCACUUCGUCAAUUCAGGCAUCCUUGGAACUGCACAGGAAUUCAAAAGACAUUUUGAACUUCCCAUCUUGAAAGGCAGAGAUGCGGAUGCAAGUGAAGCUGAGCGACACAAAGGAGAAGAGAGGCUUAAAGAGCUCAUCAGUAUUGUGAACAGGUGUUUAAUUCGAAGAACUUCAGACAUCCUGUCCAAAUACCUACCAGUGAAGAUUGAACAGGUGGUCUGCUGCAGACUGACACCUCUGCAGGCUGAGCUGUACAAGAACUUCCUGAAGCAAGCCAAGCCAGUGGAGGAGCUGAAGGAGGGCAAAAUCAGUGUGUCAUCUCUCUCUUCCAUCACCUCCUUGAAGAAGCUCUGUAAUCACCCUGCUCUUAUCCAUGAUAAAUGUGUGGAAGAGGAAGAAGGAUUUAUGGGAGCCCUGGACUUGUUCCCUGCUGGCUACAGCACCAAAUCUGUGGAGCCGCAGCUUUCAGGAAAGAUGCUGGUUUUGGAUUACAUCCUUGCUGUUACCAAAAGCACCAGCAAUGACAAAGUGGUUUUAGUGUCUAACUACACUCAGACACUGGAUCUAUUUGAAAAGCUCUGCAGGAGCAGAAGGUAUUUAUAUGUCCGGCUGGACGGCACCAUGUCCAUUAAGAAGAGAGCAAAGAUUGUGGAGCGAUUCAACAGCCCCUCGAGCCCUGAGUUCAUCUUCAUGUUAAGCAGCAAAGCAGGUGGCUGUGGUUUGAACUUGAUUGGGGCUAACAGACUGGUGAUGUUCGAUCCUGACUGGAAUCCAGCCAACGACGAGCAGGCCAUGGCUCGCGUGUGGCGCGAUGGCCAGAAGAAGACAUGCUACAUCUAUCGGCUGCUUUCGACAGGGACCAUAGAGGAGAAGAUAUUCCAACGCCAGACCCACAAGAAGGCCCUCAGCAGCUGUGUGGUGGAUGAAGAGCAGGAUGUGGAAAGGCACUUCUCACUUGGGGAGCUGAAGGAGCUCUUCACGUUGAAUGAGACUACUACCAGUGACACGCAUGACAAGAUCAAGUGUCGUCGCUGUGUGAACGGCCACCAGGUACGGCCUCCCCCCGAAGGGUCUGACUGCACCUCGGACCUGUCCCAGUGGAACCAUAGUGCGGAUAAGCGGGGCCUGCAGGACUCCGUGCUGAAGGCUGCCUGGGAUGCGGCUGUCACCUUCACUUUCCAUCAUCACUCCCAUGAGGAGCAGCGAGGGAUUCCCUAGCAGGUUACUGUCCCCUGUGGGGGCAAAGGGCAGGCUGCUGUGGUGGCUCGCCCCACUUUAAUCCCUUUCAAGGAAAAGGGCAGUGGGCAACUCUACAGGUUGGACUGUUGUGUGGCUGUGGAAUAGCAGAACAGUGUGGCUUCCCAGAGGCUGGAAGGCCCUUGGCAGUGUUCAGUCUACUGCAACAGCAAGGAGUCUGUU